AUGAUUCCAGACGAUUCCUUGUACCUAUAUAAUCUAACGCUCAAGCAGCCAUCACUGCCGUUCAAGUCAAUUGUUGGUCAGUUCUCUGGAUCCAAGAAACAACAGGAACUUGUGCUCAUAUCAAGCACCGUCAUUGAGGUUUAUCAACCAAAGCCAGAUACUGGCAAGCUACAUAAGCUCUCGCUGCAGCCAACGUUUGGAAUAGUACAGAAUGCCGAUAAAUUGAGACUCUUCGGGACUCAGCAAGAUGUUCUCGUGCUCACGGCAGACUCUGGCAAUAUCAUUAUCGCUUACUACAAUCAAGACACCUUCAAGUUUGAGCCUCGUAUUCAAGAACCACACUCGAAAAAUGGACUCCGACGUCUUACUCCAGGUGAGUAUUUGGCAUGCGAUCCCCAGAAUAGAGCAAUUAUGAUUGGUGCCCUCGAACGGACAAAGUUCGUUUACAAGGUCGAGAUGGACAACUCCACAGGUCAGAUAAAGCUCUCUUCGCCUUUGGAGAGUCAUGCCACUGGCUCCCUCACGCUAGCACUUUGCUCUCUAGAUACAAGCUUCGACAACCCAGUGUGGGCCACAAUUGAGGUGGACUAUAAAGACUACGAUGAUAAGACGUACAAGCCCGAUGAAAGUCCACUUUAUCUCAGGUACUAUGAAUUCGACCAGGGACUUAACCAUAUUGUUCAGAAGAAAAGUAAGGCUCCGCUUCCUCCCGACGCGAGCUCUCUUAUUGCAUUACCUGGUCAUAUCGGAGGUGUGUUGAUUGUCUGUGACUCUGUCAUUAUUUACGAGAAAGGCCUAGGUCAUGAAAGGCUUUAUCUCCCUCUCCCAAUAAGAGAAGGCUCCAAAAGUACCACCAUUGUCUGCCAUUAUUUGCAUGUCCUCAAGAAGACCGACUUUUUCAUUCUUUUACAAAGUUCCUUGGGUGACCUUUUUAAACUUACCUUCGAUUACGACAGAGAAACCGAACACCUCGAUAGAAUUGCGGCUACAUACUUUGAUUCUACGCCUGUCUCCAACAGCAUCAACAUCUUCAGAUCAGGAUUUAUGUUUGCUAAUGUCGCUAAUGAUAGUAAGCUCUUCUACCAGUUCGAGCAAUUGGGGUCCGAAAAUGAAACGACCAUGGCCUCCGAAAAUAUACUACCCGAUAUCCAACACUCGACUAGAUUCUCGCCACAAGGUCUAAACAACUUGGCAUUGGUCGAUAUUCUUGAAUCUCUCGGACCAAUCGUUGGUUCAGAGUUAAUGGGGAAGAAGACCGGUAAUAACGCAGAGGGGCCAAUUCUGCUUAGUACGCUUUCUUCGCAUUCAUAUUUGAAGACUUUGACAUACGGUAUUCCAGUGUCUGAGCUUGUGUCAUCUCCCUUACCUAUGUUACCGACCCUGAUUCACACCACCAAAAAAGUACGCACAUCUAUAAGUGACGAUUAUUUGGUGCUUUCAUCCUCACUCGCCUCUCAAACUUUGGUUCUUUCUAUCGGAGAGGUUGUCGAGGAGGUGAGUAAAUCAGGAUUCGUAACAGACCAACAUACGAUCGCAGUGCAACAGGUCGGUAAGCAAUCUGUGGUCCAGAUCCAUACCAAUGGUAUUCGCCAUGUAAGGCACAUCCUUGACGAAAAUAAUGAGGUCACAGACAGAAAAACCACUGAUUGGUUUCCUCCUGCCGGUAUUCAUGUUGUGCAUGCCAGUGCCAACGAAGCUCAAGUCCUCGUUGGUCUUUCUAAUCGUGAGCUUUGUUACUUUGAGAUAGAUAUAGCGGACGACCAACUAGGUGAGUAUCAAGAGAGACACGAGAUUGGUGCAGAUCUCAUCACUGCCGUUGCCAUAAUGAGUGAUACAACUUCAAUGAAGAGUGACUUCGCAAUUGUCGGUUGUGCCGAUGAGACAAUACAGGUGUUGUCUUUACACCCAAAUAGCGUCUUCCAGAUGCUUUCAUUACAGGCACUUUCUUCAAAGUGUACCUCACUCUUGAUGCUACCCGUUGAAGACAAUAGUGCUCAUAUACACAUUGGUAUGGAAAGUGGAGUGUACGCUAGAGUACAGAUGGACACCAUGACAGGCAAGCUUCGUGACACAAGACUGAAAUACCUUGGUACGAAACCUGUAAUUGUCAGCAAACUUAAAUUGCCUGGGCUGGAGCUGUCAGGAAUUAUGGCAAUAAGUUCCUACCCCUGGAUUGGUUAUCACAACAGUGAGAGUCAAUUUAAAAUUAUGCCAUUAAUUGGUUCCGAAGUUACGAGCGGCCUGUCGUUCUAUUCUGAGGACAUUGGUACUGAGAGCGUUGUUGGUAUCAAAGAGAACAAUUUAAUAAUUUUCACAAUUGGAAGCGAAGAAGGUGGAUUCAAUAUCAAUGAUGAGUUCUCAUUGAGCCUGAUAAAACUAAGAUUUCAGCCCAGAAAAUAUUGGAAGGAUCACAAGAGCAACAAUCUUGUGAUUCUCGAGUCAGAGGCAAGCACGGUCUCUCCUUAUAUCGAAGAGGAGGAAGUGGAUGAGGAUUAUUACCACGCUUUCGGUUAUAAACGUUCCAGCGGCUCUUGGGCCUCCUGUUUGCAAGUUGUUGACUACGAUACAUCAGAGAUUUCCCAAACCAUCGAUUUCAACGAUAAUGAUUGUUUCACCUCCAUAUGUGCUGCAACGUUUAAUGAUGAGGAAUAUUUGGUGAGUGCAUCUUCACAAAAUCUCUCAAUAGAGAGAAAUUCAGCUUUAUCCCAUCACAUACAUGUGUUCAAGAUAAAACGACUGAAAGCAAGAGCCAUAAAGUUGGAGUUUGUUCACAAGACAAAGGUAGACGGGGCUGUAACUGCCAUGGUAGGGUUCCAAAAAAAGCUUCUCGUUGGUAUUGGAAGCUCCCUUAGACUUCUUGAAUUGGGCCAAAAGCAAAUGCUUAGGAAAUCACACACCAAGAUCGAUUAUCUUCGUCGCCCUACUCUGCUAGAGUAUCUCGGAGGAGAUUUGGUGGUGCUUGCUGAUUCUAGCGAGUCGUUGUCAUAUUUGAAGUUCGAUAGAGCACUGAACCAGUUUGUGCCUAUUUGCAAUGAUACCAUGAGAAGACAAAUCACAGCUUUUGAAACACUUGAUCACAGGACUCUUGUCGCAGGUGACAAGUUCGGCAACAUAUCUGUCAACCGUCUCCCCUUAGAGCUCACCAAUCAGCUUGCAAAUAACGCUCUAUUGCAAUUAAACGAGGAUGUACUUGAUGAACAGAGCGCAAGAUUCGAGAAGAGGUGUGAUUUUUACGUCGCUGAUAUACCAACCUCAUUCUCUAGGGGUACGUUUGUUGUUGGUGGAACUGAGAGUAUAAUCUAUACUUGUUUGCAGGGCACCGUUGGCAUGAUGAUACCUGUUGCAACAAAGCUGGAGGCUGAACUUCUCAGUGCUGUUGAAUACGAGUUGAGGGCCUUCUACACCUCUGAAUUUGAUGACUUUGACAAGAGAAAGCAAGGCUAUAACUUGCUUGGUAAAGACCAGGGCAAAUUCAGGUCUUACUUCAACCCUUCGAAAAACGUUAUUGAUGGUGAUUUUGUCGAGCGAUUUUAUGAAAUUUCUCUAGAGAACAAGAUCAAAAUUGCUGGGAAGCUUGGAAGAACGCCUAGAGAAAUUGAAAAGAGACUUUACGACAUUAGAAAUAGAUCCGCAUUUUAA